CCGCAUCGUUGUUGCUGCAUCGACGACACAUCGACACGCACGACACGCAGCUUGCACCCUCUUCGUCCUCGCCAUCACUCGUUUGGUGAUCAGUCAGUCACUUUUGCCCUCUUCGGCCCCCGCGCGUGCCCCGUUCCCCGCCGCAGCCUCGCCUCGUCGGUCGCGCCUCGCCUCGCCCUGCAACCGCCAAGCACCGCAUUUGCACCACCACCACCACCCACCACACGAGACGUAAAUCAACCUCGUCGUCUCCUCUUCUUCUUGCUCCUCUUCUCUCUCUCUCCUCUCCUCCUCUUCCUCCCUUUGCUCUCUACAGAGCCGCGACGAACUGUAGCCUUCGACUCCUUCGCCCCGGCUUCGAGAUCGUCACUGCUGCACCGCGCUCGCGCCCCCUCGCCACACGACAUUCAUUCAUAACCACCCCCUCGCCUUCCCCAUCACAACCCCAUCACACAUCUCACCACCACCACCACCAUCAUGCGCUUCUCCAUCGCCCUCGCACUCGCGCCGCUCCUCGCCCUCCCGGCCCUCGCGGCGUCAGUGUGCAACGGCGACGCGUCGCUCUGCACCCGCCUCUACUCCAACGUCACGUACAUUGGCGCCCACGACUCGUACGCCGUCGGCCAGAGCAUCACCGACAACCAGGACAAGGAUGUGACGGCGCAGCUGAACGACGGCAUUCGCGCCCUCCAGAUCCAGACGCACAACACGUCGAGCGGCAUCCACCUGUGCCACACGUCGUGUGCGCUCCUCGACGCCGGCCUCCUGUCAGACUACCUGACAAAGGUCAAGACGUGGCUCGAUGCCAACCCCAACGAGGUCGUCACCCUCGUCCUCGUCAACAUUGACAACCUCCCCGCUACCGCCUUUGCUUCGGCGUUCCAGACGGCCGGCCUCGACAAGAAGAGCUUCGUCCCCAAGGCCGCCUCCAACACCAUCUCGGACUGGCCGACGCUCGGCAGCCUCAUCGACGCCGGCACCAACCUCGUCACCUUCCUCAACUACAAUGCCGACUUUACCGCUGUCCCGUACCUCAUUGACGAGUUCACCAACAUGUGGGAGGACGCCUACAACGUUGUCGACCAGGAGUGGGGCUGCGCCGUCAACCGCUCGAGCAACACUGGCCCCUCGCCCAACCAGAAGAUGUACAUGAUCAACCACUUCCUCGACAAGACGUGGAACAUUCUCGGCAACGUCGCCUUCAUCCCCGACAAGGACAAGCUCAACGAGACCAACGCGGCUACCGGCCCCGGCUCGAUCGGCUUCCACGUCAACAACUGCGUCCUGCUCUACCAGCGCAACCCCAACAUUAUCCUCCUCGACUACUAUGACAGCAACGGCAACGCGCCGUUUGUUGCCGCUGCCCAGCUCAACGGCGUCGCCGCGCCCACGAACUCUAUCACCCCCGGCAGCAUCAGCGCAACGGGCAGUGCUGGUGCUAGCGGCACUGGCCCGGCCAGCCCCUCCAUGUCGGUGUCGUCCAACAAGCCCGGCGCCGCCAUGGGCGCCACGCCUGCGGGCCUCGGCCUUGUCGUCGCCAUCGUCGGCGUUGCCAUCAGCGCCGUGCUGGUUUAAGCGUCGGCGCCAGAGCGGCACACACAUUGCCGCGAGAGCGUCAGCAGCUGGCCUCGGCGCUCCACGCCGCGCCAAGCUGGCCUGCUGCGGCGUCCUUCACAUGGACUUUGUAGCCAUGUAUGUUAUCAUUGUUGCAUCGACGAGCCGAGCGUCCUCGCGACGCGAGGGCGCGAGGCGUAAGGCCGAGGAUGAGUUACGAUUUUGUUUCUUUCUACUGUGGCGAGGCACACGACAUGCCCAGCCACCAAGCCACCGAGCCCCCUGCCGCCCAGAUGAAGUAUACAUGUGUAGAAUGCAGUGUAACAAUGCUAGUAGUGUUGAAUUGAACAGGGCCAAGCGAUGCACAGUCACGCCGAUGCGACUGCGCGGCUUGGCCACUUGGCCGCCUCGGCGCCACGCCACGCCGAGGCUAGACGCCAAACAGGGCGCGCACCUCGUCCCCGCCUUCGGGCAGCGCCUCGAAACACGUCCCAAGGCGCGGGUCGGCGCGGAACACGAGCA